AUGAGUCAUUUUAUGAUAUUAUACUUCAAACAAUCAACUAUAUUAAAUAGAUAUUGGUUAAAAAAGUGUUUGAGACAAUGUUUUAUAUACCAUGCAAGAGUGUACUCUACUGGAAUUGGAAAGCAUCAUAAAAAUUAUAUUACCAAAAGAGAAAAUGUUGCUCGAAGGAAAUCAUUAAGAUUACAAGUGCUUCGAGGUAUUAAACAAACUAAACAGAAAGUGGGAGGAAUUAUCGAGAAAGAAAACAUUUGGACAAUACCAAAUUUUCUUUGUAUAGGACGAAUCUUAACGUCACCAUAUUUAAGUUACUCAAUUUUAUCACAAGACUACCGGAUAGCACUGUAUGUGUUAAUAAUUGCAGGAUGUAGUGACCUAGCUGAUGGAUGGAUUGCACGUACAUGGAUAUCGCAAGCUUCUAAGCUUGGUAGCUUUCUAGAUCCAGUUGCAGACAAAUUGCUUGUAGGUACACUAUUUCUAUCGUUGGCCUGGGUAGGAUUGGUCCCUACACCUUUAACAUGUCUCGUCAUUGCAAGAGAUGUUGCUUUGAUUUCAGCUGCUUCUUACAUAAGAUAUAAAUCUUUACCUUUUCCAAAAACUUUGGGCAGAUAUUUUGAUCCUACAUAUGCAACAGCACAGUUAGCUCCAACAUAUAUAAGUAAAAUCAAUACCGUCAUACAAUUGUCUUUUAUUGCUGGAACAUUAGCUGCACCUGUAUUUCAUUUUGUAAAUCAUCCAAUUUUAGAAGUUUUAUGUUAUAUAACAGCAUUAACAACAUUAGCAGGUGGUAUAAGCUAUUUGACAUCAAAAAAUACAUAUAAAUUAUUUAGAAAAAAAUCUUCAACAAAGUCUUCUCAUUAA